GUUCUGUGAUAUUUUUGUCUCUGUCUGCAGAUAAAGAUCUACAGUUUCACAUUGUUAAGCAAGCUAGAGCUCAGAGUAUAAAAGAAGGUACAGGCUACAGUGAAGGGUCUUACUCAUUACUACCCGUAGAAGUGCCUCAAAAUCACAAGCGUUUCACAUGUGACCUGACUCAAGCCGAUCGCCUUGCUCUUUAUGAUUAUGUUGUUGAGGAAACAAAGAAGCAGAGGUCUAGAUCCCAAAUAACGGAAAAUGACAGUGAUCUCUUUGUGGACUUGGCAGCGAAAAUCACCCAAGAUGAUAGUCAGAAAGGUCCGAAGUCUCAUCUUGAAAUUCUGGCUGAAAUGCGAGACUACAAAAGGCGGCGGCAGUCAUACAGGGCUAAGAACGUUCAUAUAACAAAGAAGUCUUACACCGAGGUGAUUCGGGAUGUGAUUGGUGUGCAUAUGGAAGAACUCAGCAAUCACUGGCAGGAGGAGAGUAGGUUGGAUAACGCAGAGAUAUGUGAAGGAGGGAAGUCAAAAUCUUCAGGAAGAAAGGAAGACAGGCGGUCAGCUUCGGUGGACUCACGGCAGUCUGGAGGAAGCUGUAAGGAUGCUGAACGCACCAGACAUAGAAGAGAGACCAGCAGAAGUCCAACUAAACGAAAAAGGAGUCGAGAAAGAGGCAAAGACAGAGAUUCUCGGAGAAAAAGAGAGAGGGAUGAAGACAAGUAUCACAGCCAUAAAAGAAGAAAGUAGAAACAAGAAC